CGCAACACUUCCUUCCCUUGCUAAUAAAGUUUUAUAUCCGGGUCACACAACAAAAGCCUGUGGCUCAGGUGUUUCCUCUGAGGCCUCGUCAGUGAAGGUGGCUCAGGAAACUGUCCCAGUGGCUCAGCUGGGGACACACAUGUCUUCAUUUAGAAACAUCCUCCAUGAACUUCCUCCCUCGUGUUGAAUCCAUUCUUCUGGUGUGUGACCGAAGGCACAGAGCAUUUGCUUUUUCAAACUGUGAGAUGCUUCAGCUUUGAAUUCCAGCAGAGUCAGACUUUCUCUGUGUAAAUCCUUAGAAGCUGCGUGUGCACAAGAAAUGAAGCGUCCAGGUUUUCCUCCUGGUUUGAAUGGGACGUGGUGUGGUCUGUCCCGGGAGGCUCCUCUCAUUGGAGGAAAUCGGAUAUGGGCAACGUAAGCGCUCGUCUUGAAUGAGAAACUAGCAGAGGAACCCACACACACUGAGGCAGACUGACACAAGCCACUGACACACACACACACACACACACACACUGAGUCUGUGGAUGCAGACGAGCGCAUUCUUUUUUGGAGUCAACACAUUUUCGUCAUCAGGAGCUGUUUUUAUUUAUUCCAGUGUUUUGCGUCAUUACGAGCCGGGCGCGCAUUCCUCAGCAGGAUUUGCGCAUCUCCAAUCUCCAACUGCGGCUCGUGGUUGUUUUUUUGUUUUUUUCCUCCAUGAGAGCGCUGUUUUAGAUUUUCUACCCGGGAGGAAGCUUCCACACACCGGCCAUGCUCGAGCUGCGACUGGCAGCGACGCGUUCCGUGUGAAAUCCUCGUGUUUUCAACCAAGAGAGAAAUAAAACAUAAUCCAAUGGAGCAGCAGCAGCAGCUCUCCAAACCAGAGAGCAGAAACAUGGACGCGUGUCUGAGGCGACUGAAGCAAGAAGUGCUGUCCAUGAAAGAAGCCGGAGAUGGCCUCCACGCUCAGAUGAAUUCCAUGAUGGGAGCCCUCCAGGAACUCAAGCUCCUCCAAGUUCAGACAGCUCUCGACAACCUCGACAUCUCAGGUCGGCCCAUUAACCGAGGGUUGCCACAUCCUGCUCCAUCAGCUGCUCCUUACCCAUCGGCUGCAGAAACUCCAGCUUCAGAAAAGGAUAACCGGUCCUGCUUCAGCCAGAGACUGCCAGAGGAGCCCAGCCCAAGUCCUAUGUCAAGUCCAAGGAUGUCUUUGGAGAGCAGAAACACCUUCAUCAGGGAGGGCCCAAGCAGAAGCAGCAUGGGAACCUCGUCUUCCUCAGCGUCCAGUCUGCAGAGUGAGGGUGAGAGAAACUCAAUAACAGCAAGAAAUGAGAAUGACCUUGAGUCAAUACCCAAACGUUGGUCAGGAUACAUGGCCCCCCAAGUGGACUUCUAUGGACCAAUGGUGGGAAACCCCCCACCAGAGCCCUGCCCUCACCCACAGGCUCAGGUUCAGGCUCAGGUUCAGGCUCAUGCUCAGGCAGUGGAUCUGCCUGGCAUCCUGUACAGCCUCUCCAGGGAGGGCCCUUCGCUAGACAGCGACUACUCCCAGGACAGUACAGAUGACCCCAGCGACUGGACCUCCUCUCUCAUGAGCCGUAGCCGCAACCGUCAACCCUUAGUGCUGGGCGACAACGUCUUCGCCGACCUGGUGGGUAACUGGCUGGACCUGCCCGAGGUGGAGAGGGAGGAGGUGGAAGAAGAGGAGAGGAGGAGAGAGGAGAGGACAGCAGAUGGUGGAGCAGACAGACCGGACACCCCAGCUCACCCUCUCCGCCUCAGCCGGUCACAGGAGAUCUGCAGGAAGUUCUCGCUCACCACGAACAUCUUCAAGAAGUUCCUGCGCAGCGUUCGGCCAGACAGGGACAAGCUGCUCAAGGAGAGGCCUGGCUGGAUGGCCCCCGAGCUGCCAGAGGGCGACCUCUUCAAAAGACCCAAAAAAGUGGUUCCUAAGAAUUCAAAAGGCAGCUUCUACCUGCCGUUCUGGGCAAACGGACAGCAGAGCAAAGGCAGGCCGUGUCCACAUUCAGCAGAAGCAGAGAGGAACCACCAACAUCACUUCCCCCACUUUUGCCAGCAGCCAUUUGCAGGGAUUUAUUUAGACAGGAGACAGCCAGAGACUGGUCUGGACAAAAUGCAGCCCUUGUUUGACUACAACACAGCUGUGUGGGUCUGAGAGUCUCAGGCCAACGCAGCGCCAAUAAGGCCAGACUGAGUGAGUGACAGGUGCUGCGGAAAUUUGGCUGAGCUGGAGCGGAAUGAAUGAAUGACUGAAUGGACAACUGUGAAUCUUGGAUACAGUUAUCUUCCAAAAUUGAACCGAUGGACUUCACACCCGCAACAUGACUGUGCUGCGACUGAGAGAUUAUCAGGGCAACACUUUGUCUGACAAUCCUUAAAACCUCAACCUCGUAUGCUGUGUAUGUCUGAGCGAGUGAGUGUGAGCUGGAGAGCGACUGAAACAGAGAGAAAGUCUUUGAUGCAAGUUUUGUAUUAUUCAAUGUUUUUCAUUUUGUGUGUAUGCAUGUCUGACUGGUUCUCUGUCUUAAAAAAACGGUACGUAGAGGAGGACGUGUUUCUCAGAAUGUCGCCCUCAUUAUGGUUCUUUAUAAAAGACGUCCACAGACUUUCACUUCUAUGCGACAGGACACACGCCCAUAUCUCACUUCUUUGCAUCUAUGAAUAGAAACACCAACUGUUGGAUUGCAUGGUUACUGUUUUUAUAGUUGAUGCUACAAACAGCUGUUACCGAACGCACUGCCACAAAACACCCCCCCUUUUGUUUCCAGGCUACGAUGCUCUGGAAACUCAGGUUAAACUCAGCCCCUCGGUCUCGUUCACUUUGCUCAGGGAUUAAAUGCAACGCAGGAGGAAGCUCUGGGACGCCGCCACAUUUAAAUGGGGUUUAUCUAAUUUUACACAGUAAGACAAAACAGCAACACAGUGCAUGCCUCGUCCAGAGAUUGCACAUUCAACUCUGAGAGUUGUCCCUAGUGAUCAGCAGAGUUUUUAGAAACACUUUCUUUAUUCUCGCCGCCGUGUAGACGCAGCACAUUUUGAGCAAACUGUCAGACCGCUUGGUUUGUUAUGCAGAGAGAGGAGGGGUGAAGAUGGCACAGCCAACCACGAGAACCGACUGACCGCCAUCUGGUACCAGGACGUUAUGUAAAGCUUGUUCCACCAAACGCAGGAAGAAGAUGCUAAACAGCUACAGUUAAUCCCGAAGCUCUGCAGAUGAACCGAACUACAGUGAUUGUGUUACAUACUGUAUAAACUAAGGUGAUGAGACGGUUGAGAGUGGAGGUUAAGAUCCACUGUCUCUUCAUGAGUAAAUGUACAGAACAUUGUACAUACUUGCCAUCAAGCAACCGGCAGCAAUAA